UGCAACAGAUGUGGCAGAGGAAUAAAACCCUAAAAAGCCACGGGAGGAGCAGGAAGUGAAAAACCCUAAUUUUUGCGAUGACACAGAAGAACAGUCUGUUCAAAGGCCAACAGAAGAGGAAAACAGUCCCUUCUAAUCGACAUGGCAAAACUCCUCACAUCCGCAAAGGGAAGAGAUUUGUAAAGCCAUCAAAAGUCACAGAGGAGAUGGAUGCUGAUAGGGAGCUAAGCAAGUUCAUCAACAACUGCAAUGAGAUCAAAGCAGCUACUGCUGCCAACAAGGAAGGCGGCCAGCUGAGUAUUGUCAAGCCACCCACAGAAACUGCAAGUGCUGCAAAGAAGUAAACCUGAUGCUGCGCAAAAUGUAUGCUAUAGAGAAUUACAUAUUGAUAUUUUAAAUUGCUUGUGCUGUGAGGUCAUAUUCUUCCUGGUUCUUUUCUGUAGCUUUUCAGUUCUUGUGUCUGAUACCAAUCAGUUUUGAUUGCAUAUUACGAUUGAAUAUGAGCAGUUGUUACCUGACUGAGAUAUAAGCGAUUGAUUAGGUUGCAAUGUAAAACAAUUUUAUUUUUGUUGCUGCUAUCUAAAGUUCUUUUUAGGCCUGUGGUGCCA